GCCGGCCUGGCCCGCUUUGCGCACGGGCCGCGCGAGGGGUGGAAAGGGUUGACCCGGGGACUGCACGCUGGGCCCGGGAGGGGUCCGCCUCCUGCACCGGCCCAAGUUGAGUUCCCGCGGACCUCCAUCCGCGCCGCGCCCUGCGAGCCAAGGGACCGGAGGACGCCCGCCUGGGGGCGGGGGCCGCGCUGCGGGGCCGCCCACGCCGCGCGCCAGGAAACCAAUCCAGCAGGAUGGAUGCUGGGACAUGGUGAUGAUCUCUUCUCAAGAUAGUCGGUGGGCAUCCUGGUCAUGGAGGACUGCAACGUGCACUCCGCCGCCAGCAUCCUGGCCUCGGUGAAGGAGCAGGAGGCGCGCUUCGAGCGACUGACACGGGCACUGGAGCAGGAGCGGCGCCAUGUGGCCUUGCAGCUGGAGCGCGCCCAGCAGCCUGGUGUGGGCAGUGGGCAGCCCGUACCGAUGGCCUGGCAACAGCUGGUCCUGCAGGAGCAGAGCCCGGGAAGCCAGGCCUCGCUGGCCACGAUGCCAGAGGCCCCCGAGGUACUGGAGGAGACAGUGACGGUGGAGGAGGACCCUGGCACGCCCACCUCCCAUGUGUCCAUCGUAACAUCGGAAGAUGGCACUACCCGGCGCACUGAGACCAAGGUCACCAAGACUGUGAAGACAGUAACCACUAGAACAGUGCGCCAGGUGCCCGUAGGCCCAGACGGCCUACCCCUGUUGGAUGGCGGCCCACCGCUAGGCCCCUUCACUGACUGCCCCCUGGACCGGCGCUUCUUGCUGAGAGGGGGCGGCCCGGCAGCCACACUCUCCCGAGCCUACCUCAGCAGUGGGGGCAGCUUUCCCGAUGGCGCUGAGCCCCGUGACGUUCCCAGCUACGGCAGCCUGUCCCGUGGGUUGGGCAUACGGCCCCCACGUGGUGGCCCAGGCUCCGGCGAUGGCUGCUUCACGUUGCCUGGCCGGCGAGAAGCCUUCCCCUCUGUCCCUGAGCCUGUGACGCUAGCUGGCCGCUCCCAGCCUGAGCGCUUCCAGGCAGAGCCAUAUGGCUUGGAGGAUGACACCCGCAGCCUGGCCGCCGAUGACGACGGUGGCCCGGAGCUGGAGCCUGAAUACGGCACUGCCACGCAGAGGAGGCCUGACUGUGGGCGGGGCCAUCGUGCCAGGGCCUAUGAGGAUGCAGCAGAUGAUGGCGGGGAGCUGAUGGAGGAGCGGCCCCCCUUCCUGGCUACGGCAGCCCCUCUGGCCCAGCCGGAACGGGGCAGCCUGGGCAGCCUGGACCGGGUGGUGCGGCGCUCACCCUCUGUGGACAGCACCCGCAAGGAGCCACGCUGGCGGGACCCCGAGCUGCCGGAGGUUCUGGCCAUGCUGCGGCACCCCGUGGACCCCGUGAAGGCCAACGCGGCUGCCUACCUGCAGCACCUCUGCUUCGAGAACGAGGGCAUCAAGCGUUGUGUGCGGCAGCUGCGGGGGCUGCCUCUGCUCGUGGCUCUGCUGGACCACCCAAGGGCAGAGGUGCGGCGCCGGGCCUGCGGGGCCCUGCGGAACCUGUCCUAUGGCCGAGACGCUGACAACAAGGCCGCCAUCCGGGACUGCGGCGGGGUGUCUGCCCUGGUGCGCCUGCUGCGCGCCGCCCGGGACAGCGAGGUCCGAGAGCUCGUCACAGGCACCCUCUGGAACCUGUCGUCCUACGAGCCCCUGAAGAUGGUCAUCAUUGACCAUGGCCUGCAGACGCUGACCCACGAGGUCAUCGUGCCCCACUCGGGCUGGGAGCGCGAGCCCAAUGAGGACUCUAAGCCACGGGAUGCUGAGUGGACGACAGUCUUCAAGAAUACGUCUGGUUGCUUGAGGAACGUGAGCUCUGAUGGUGCAGAGGCCCGGCGGAGGCUCCGGGAGUGUGAAGGGCUGGUGGAUGCACUGCUGCACGCCCUGCAGUCAGCUGUGGGCAGGAAGGACACGGAUAACAAGUCGGUGGAGAACUGCGUGUGCAUCAUGCGGAACCUGUCCUACCAUGUGCACAAGGAGGUGCCUGGGGCCGACAGGUACCAGGACGCCGAGCCUGGGCCCCCCGGCAGUGCUCUUGGCUCCCAGCGCCGGAGGCGGGAUGACGCCGGCUGUUUCGGUGGCAAGAAGGCCAAAGAGGAGUGGUUCCAUCAAGGGAAGAAGGACAGUGAGAUGGACCGGAACUUUGACACGCUGGACCUGCCCAAACGCGCCGAGGCCGCCAAAGGCUUUGAGCUGCUGUACCAGCCCGAGGUUGUCCGUCUGUACCUCUCCCUCCUCACCGAGAGCCGGAACUUCAACACCCUGGAGGCGGCUGCCGGGGCCUUACAGAACCUCAGCGCUGGCACCUGGGUGUGGGCCACGUACAUCCGCGCCACGGUGCGCAAGGAGCGGGGGCUGCCGGUGCUCGUGGAGUUGCUGCGGUCCGAGACCGACAAGGUGGUGCGUGCCGUCGCCAUCGCCCUGCGCAACCUCUCGCUGGACCGUCGCAAUAAGGACCUCAUCGGGAGCUAUGCCAUGGCGGAGCUGGUGCGGAAUGUGCGCAGUGCACAGGCACCGGCGCGACCCGAGAUCCGCCUGGAGGAGGACACGGUGGUGGCCGUGCUCAACACCAUCCACGAGAUCGUGUCCGACAGCCUGGACAACGCGCGCUCGCUUCUGCAGGCUCGUGGCGUUCCUGCGCUCGUGGCGCUCGGCGCCUCCAGCCAAUCGGUGCGCGAGGCGAAGGCCGCGUCCCACGUGCUGCAGACCGUGUGGAGUUACAGGGAGCUGCGCGGGGCCCUGCAGAAGGAAGGCUGGACCAAGGCGCGUUUCCAGUCAGCUGCUACUAUUGCCAAGGGGCCCAAGGGAGCACCGAGUCCCAGAGGCUUUGACGACAGCACCUUGCCCCUGGUGGACAAAAGCCUUGAGGUGGUCGUGCCUAGCAGAACAGUGCAAAGGCGUAACAGGAUAUCCGGGGUUGCGGAGGCCAGCCGUACCCUGGCUUGUCUGCCCCACUGCUGCUCGAAGCCAGCUGCCCGCUCAUGCCUUGCAGAUGGGGAGAACCCGGGCAGCCAGGAUGUGAUCCCAAUGGAGGCACUUGGCCCAGACGGAUACUCCACUGUGGGCCGGAGGGAGCGGAGGACGCAAGGCAGCGACCCUGCAGGGGAGGCCUCGGAGAAGGAACCACUGAAACCCGCCCCCUGCAGGAAGGCUCCUCCUCCCGGGCCCAGCAGGCCCGCAGUCAGGCUGGUGGACGCCGUGGGGGACACCAAGCCUCAGCCUGUUGACUCCUGGGUCUAGCUUGCAUGCCUGGGCCCAAGCCCAGCCAUUUGUUCUUAGGGAUCUGAUCGUGGGAAGGAGGAACUAGGGCUGGCCUGCGCAGACCUGCCAUGGAGCUUGGGGGUCCCCUGGCGGCGGGGGUUGGCAGCUCCUCUCGCCUGGAACCUGGACCAGACGUUCUGGACGUGCCUCCCUUCCCGGCUCCUGGCUGCCUCCCUCCCAAUCCCCUAGGCUGAAGUUCAGUUCGCUGUUGACUGACAUGGUGCUGUGUGUGCGUGAGAAUGCCAGUGGAGCUGCCAGGGCAGGGCCCAGGGAGGCGGCAGAGAGGGCACCUGGCUUUGCUGAGGGCCAGCGGAACAGGCAUGUGCCCCUGUGCGUGCAGUGCCCCAGGCUUGUGGGGCGGGUGUGUCCUGGGGGCUCGUGGCCGGGCAGGGAUGGGGUGCAAGGAAGGUAUUGGACUCCAGCGGGUGGAAAGGAUUCCCUUGGGUGCUGAGGCCCACCCUGCACGGCAGGCGGCCCAGGGCUGGGGGGCCGCUGCAAGGGGACCGGCCCACACAGAGGUGCUCUGGAGGCAGCGAGAGGGGCUCAGGCUGUGCUCGCCCCGUCCUGCCCUUGGGUGCAUGAGUGGGCGCCUCCCUGAGCGACUGUGGCCCGGGGCCUUGGCCGCCGCGGUCUGCUGGGGCCUGAGGAAUGCCUCCAAGACUUUCAGCAGCAGCGGGGCACUGCUGUCAGUGCCUGCUGUUUGUGACUUAAAAACAAGAAAAACACUGACAAAAAGCAUUAAAAACAAAACCAAAAUAAGACUGUAUUGGUAAACACCGAAAUUUUUGUAAGAAAAUUUAAAAAUUAAAAAAAGCAACAAAGGAG